AUGCCUUCAGUGGCAGUAGCCGACACCACCACUCAUGCCAUUGCCCCGCAUUCUGCAUUAGCUGGGGUUGCUUCCAGCCAUGCUAUAAGUUCGCCUCCUGCUGCAUCGACUUCACGCGACACUCCCUCGUCUGGCCCUGCUGGCCGUGUGUCGCACUCGAGGAAGUACUCUGCUUCGUCUCCCAAGAUGAUUUUCUCGGAUCUAUACAAGUCAACCAGGUUACCACUAGCAAGGUUACGUCAACAGUCCAACCAAGCAACCCCUAGUAUAGACUAUGAUGCAGAUCUUGUAAGCAAGGACAAAGCCAAGAACAAAGAGGCGGUCAAGAAGUAUCUGGCCGACAGGAUACGCAACGACUGGGAAUUCAAAUGGCCGCGAGCAGACAAACCCACCGACGGUAAUGGCUCCAAAUCAGAUGGCGCAAACUCUGAAGACGCUAAGCAACACGACAUACAAGAGUCUCGUGAAAUAUCAUCACAUGACCUUGAAGGGCGCUCGGUGGAGAAAACGGAGGAUGAUGGCGAUGACGACGAUGACGACGACGAUACCGCUUCGACAUAUAGCACCGUAUCAGAAGACAUAGCGCAUUUCAGGCCUCGACUCGAAUGGUGGUCAGACUUCUCAGAGGAUGAGGUCACUGUACACCCGUCUGCUUAUCGGUUUGACACCCCCGACGCAGUCGGCCCUACGGUACAAGCAACUGCGCAUACAAGGCAAACGAAAAUACGAAGAGCGAUCCGUGAGGAAGCAUCUUGGAAUUCCGGUUUGGCUUGUUUCAACGCACGUCGCGAUGCAUGGACAGGUGCCAAAGUCGUGCGGGUGAAGCCGAAGCCAUCAUCGGCUCCGACUUCGCCACUUUCAGCAUCACGGCGCAUGUCCUUCUUCCGGUUUGCAUCCACGUCGCCCCCGGUUUCUCCAGGUGCACCAUUGUCGCCUACGACCACCCGCACAUCUGGAGACACUAACGCCGUUACGUCGUCGGAUGGCGAUCCAAAAGAAUAUCCACCAAAGGCAGACUCCUCCCAGUACCCAGUAGAGACAAUAUUACCCGUGGCGCAUCCUCUUCUGCCGCCGGCGAAUCCCAUGCGUGCCUCGAUUACUCCCAGUAGCUAUCCAAAUCUCUACGACAGGAUAAUCGUGCACUCGCUGACCCCCUCGUGUCCUGUCAACCUUGCCGAUGUCCUGAAAUUUUGUGUGGUGGGCUGGAAGCGUGAUGGCGAAUGGCCGCCCCGGCCAGCGGAGGUUGCGCCGGUCGUUGCGGUGCGCAAGAAGCAAAGGGAUAGUGUCACGAGUCAAAAUCGCAGGCCCAGUACAGGACGACGUAUGAGUCUUGGCUUUCUGGGGCGCCGAGAGAGUGCUACUGGAGACACCCCAACGGGGACCGCGGCUACCGAAGACUCGGGCAAAGGUAUCAAAAAGAGCAUUCAACGCGUGCUCGGACUUGGCCAUCAACGCACCGGCAGUAACGUUAGCAAUAACGGCUAG